CUCCUAGCUGCUGGCUCCAACGCUCGCAGUCAGCUAGCCAAUGCUCCUGAUGACGACCCACAUACUUUCAAAGAGGGCACGCUUUCUCCCAAUAGCCUCGGGAUCUCACAGCUUGCGACUGGAGCAGACCACACUCUCGCAUUGUUGGAGUCUGGGUACGGCAGAUGGCAGCCUUUGAAGUGUGGAGACGGACGCAAAGCACAGCUGAGUCCUGAAUACAUGGGACCGUUGACAGAAUUCACCCCGAUCAGCAUGCCCUUGUACAAAACUUAUACUUCCCAAGGAUAUACCUGUUAUCUCAUCGCUGCCGCUUUGGAAACAUCAUACCUUGUUUUGAAUUUGCCUUCCCGACCAGACGUGGUCAUCUCGAUG